GUACACACUUUAACACACUUAACGACCUGAGAUUAUACAAACAAGUGGCAAAAUAAAUGAAAUUAUUAAGGAAAUAUCCCAAAAAAGCAGAUUUAAUUAGCUAAAGAUGAUGCGUAACCUUUUUUCCCUUCGAGGGCAGUGCCAGCAGCUGUUUAGAAGCUCCCUGCGUCAUCAAAACCCAACGCAAAAGUCACAACAGUUUUGGCGCAUGAAAUCUACGGAUUCUCCAGAGGAAGCUGCCCGUAAACUGCGGGCCAAAUCCACACUAUACUACAUAACAGCCGGCGGAGUGCUGAUCGUGGGACUAAGUUAUGCGGCUGUGCCACUGUAUAGCAUUUUUUGCCAAGCUUACAGCUACGGAGGAACCACAUCGCAAGGACACGACGCCGAAAAGGUUGAGCACAUGCAGAAGGUCGAGGAUCGGGUGCUAAAGAUCCGCUUUAACGCCGAUAUCGGAUCCUCCAUGCGCUGGAACUUCAAGCCGCAGCAGUACGAGAUCAAGGUGGCUCCCGGUGAGACCGCUCUGGCCUUCUACACGGCCAGGAAUCCCACGGAUAAGCCGGUUAUCGGCAUCAGCACGUACAAUGUGAUCCCCUUUGAGGCGGGCGCCUAUUUCAAUAAGAUCCAGUGCUUUUGCUUCGAGGAACAGCAAUUGAAUCCGCACGAGGAGGUGGAUAUGCCCGUGUUCUUCUACAUCGAUCCCGAAAUCACAGCGGAUCCGGCGCUGGAGCACUGCGACACCAUCACCCUAUCGUACACCUUCUUCGAGGCCAAGGAGGGUCUGAAACUCAACUUCCCGAGCUAUGCGAAGCCCCAUGCAGCGACUGCGUAAAGAGAAAGUUGUUUGAUCCUGGUUAUGAAGCAAUAAAUGUUUGUUAUAUAUAUUUUAAAA